AUGAAGGCCAUCUUUCUGUGCAUUGCUCUUUUUCUGCUUUCUAGCUUUUCCUUCUCAAGCCCUAUCCUACCAGCACAACACAUUGAGGAUCUGAAGUCUAUAGAGAUUUAUCUUGACAAGUUCUUCCCAUACCUUCACAAAUCGGACAGUCGUGAACUGGUAGAUCGAAUCAAGGAAAUGCAGAAAUUCUUCCAUUUGACUGCAACCGGGAAGAUGGAUGCUGCAACAAGAAAGUUAAUGGAACAACCUCGGUGUGGGCUCCCAGAUCUGCAAGAACUAAAAGCAGCCCGACAAAUAUGGUCCAAGAGAGUGCUGACUUACAGGAUAAAUAAUUAUACUCCAGACCUGCGUAAAUCAAAAGUGGAUCAAAUCAUACAAAGGGCAUUUCAAGUGUGGAGUGACGUGACCCCACUGACAUUCAGAAGAGUUAAUGGACCUGCCGAUAUUGAAAUUCUGUUCGCAUAUGGUGCCCAUGGUGACAAUUAUCCUUUUGAUGGAAGAGGGGGAACUUUGGCCCAUGCCUUUUUCCCUGGAGAAGGCAUAGGAGGAGAUGCCCACUUUGAUGAGAGCGAGCAGUGGUCAGAAACCAAUAAAGAAACCAACCUCUUCCGUGUUGCUGCACAUGAAUUUGGUCACUCCCUGGGGCUGCCACAUUCAAAUGUCCGGGGUGCCUUGAUGUUCCCUACUUAUUCUUAUGUGAAUCCAGCCACCUUCCGUCUUCAUAAUGAUGACAGGCAAAGGAUCCAGAGAUUAUACGGAAAAAGACGCUAA